CUUCCGUUUUUAGUAGGAGCCACUUCCAGUGGCGACUUGCUCAUGCAGCCAUUUUAUUUUGGAACCGCAGGGCUGCAAAAACAUUUGGCAACGGAGUGUUGCUUCAGAAGCGUGAGUGAUGUGGGACCAGGGAGGACAGCCCUGGCCUCAAUGGCCCUUGAGUCAGCAGCAAUGGAUGCAGUCGUUUCAACAUCAACAUGAUCCAGGUCAAGUGGAUUGGGCUGCCCUGGCACAGGCAUGGAUAGCACAGAAAGAAUCAACAGGACCAGAGCCACAAAGUAUACAGCCCAAUGGACAAGACAUCCCUGGUCUGGAGUCUGUUGGACAGGGCAACCACGGUGCCUUCCAGGGUGACCCAGCAUUUGGACGAAUGUGGCAGCCAGAGUGGGCAAUGCAUGGACAGCCCCCUCCCCCUCCGCCUCAUGACCCAUCCUGGAUGCCUCCAGGAUCUGGACCAAUGGAUGUGGUGAAUCCCAGUGAAGAUGGCAAUAGUCAGGACAGCGGAGAGUUCAACUCUGAAGCCCAUCACGGGGUUUACUCCCAGAACAGCCAUGGGUAUGGGGCACAGCCCGACAGCUACGCCAUGGCCCCCUUGGCCAUAAACCAGUUUGAUUAUCAGCACGGAGCUGCAUCCACCUAUGGCCCAACACCUACAGGCAUGCCUACUCCGUACUGGCCAGGCCCACCACAGAACAGACGAGACCCCAGGCCUCCUGACUUCCGAGACAGACCGCGCUCUCCUAUUCAGCUGCCACUAAAACCAAAGGCACCAGUAGCACCUCUUGAUGCCUUAAAAAGGCGAAAACUUCCUGCAUGGAUCCGAGAGGGCUUGGAGAAGAUGGACAGAGAAAAGCAGAAAAAACUAGAACAAGAGAGAAUGGAAAAAGAGCGUGCAGAAAUGGCAAAAAAUGAAGGUGAACAACAAGAGCCUGAUGAUGGGGGUGAUGGGCCCCGUAUUCCCAGAAAAAGCAAAUUUGAUAGUGACGAUGAGGGCAAUGAUGAUAAUGCUGUGGAAAGAAUUGCUGUGAAAAAGGAAUUUCCCAGUCACAGCCCAUCGCCUGCUGCUGAAGACAGUGAACCUGAAAUGACAGAGGAGGAAAAGGAGUUCCAGAUGAUGAUUAUCACAAAAACACUUCUGACAGAGAUCCUUCUGGAAGUCACAAAUGAAGAGAUUGUGCAUGUGGCUAAAGAGACUCACCGGAAGGCAACUAGAGCUCCUGCAAAACAGCUGGCACAGUCAAGUGCACUGGCUUCUCUGACUGGUCUCAGUGGGCUUGGUGACUAUGGCUCCGAUGAAAGUGAAGAUGAGGAGCACAGUGUCCAUGGAUCUGAAUCAUCUGACACUGAUGAGGAGGAGUUGCGUCACCGCAUCCGUGAGAAACAGGAGGCCUUCCAUCGCAAAGAGCGGGAACUGCUUGAAAAACAAGCACAAGAAGCCCGACUAGCACGAGAGGACAUGGAGAGAAAGCAAAGACUGGAAUAUGAAGAGGCUGAAUUAGAGAUUGCUUAUAAACAGGCAGCAAAAGAAAGUGAAUCGGAGGCCGUAUCAGAGAGGCGUAGAUCCCGUAGUGAGAAGGAAGGUAGUGAGAGCAAACAUUCAAGCCGUGGAAAGGAUAGCUCAGGACGUGGUCGCAGUGAUUCUCCAGCAAAUGGUCACAGCAGCAGCUCCCGCUCUUCCUCGAGCACCAGUCACUCUUCUUCAUCUUCAUCAUCUUCCUCUGUAUCUUCCCGUAGUUCGUCAAGGUCUUCCUCCCCUCGGCGAAAAAGGAGACGUAGCCGUUCCCCUUCGCAUAAGUCUCGCAGGCGUAGUCGUAGCCACAGCUCCCACAGACACCGUAGUGAGCGCAACGUCAAAGGUCGAGACAGGAAGAGGUCAAGUGCAGAGCGCUCCAGGGAUAAACGAGACCGCAGUGAUUCUAGAGACAGGAGAAGCCGCCGGAGCAGAUCUAGGUCCAGAGACCGGUCCCGAGACAGGGCACGAAACAGGAGCAGGGACCGCAGUCGCAGUCGGGACAGGGACAAAGAUCGAGACAAAGAUAGGAAAAGGAGCAGGGACCAUAGGGACAGCAGCCACAGCCGAAGCAGCAAACAUAAGAAGGCCUCCAGCAAAGAGCGAGAGAGGAGGAGAGAGCGGAGCCACAGUCACGAGAAAGACAAGAAGAAAAAGGAUAAGGACAGAGACAGAGAAAAGGAAUCAGACAGAAAGAGGGAUAAAACAAAGGGCAAAGAAAAGGAGCGAGAGAAGGACAAAUACAGCUCUGUAGUUUCUGAAGAGAAUGGAAAGUCCAAGAGAAAGAAAGACAGCGACUCCUCCACUGACUCUCACAGCGAUCGCCACUCAAAGCAGGACAGCAAAAGCAGCAAAAAGGGCUCCACUAAAUCUAGCAAAAGGCGUUCUGAUUCGGACUCUAGUAGGUCCCCUUCUCUUGAAGUUAGCAAAGAAAAAAAAUCUAAGAAAUCUAAACGUAGUCGUUCAAGGUCUACGGAAAAAUCUCACAAGUCUGGUAAGAAGGCAAGCCGCAAACACAAGUCUAAGUCUCGAUCAAGGUCGGCAUCCCCUGUGCGACGUAGCAGGCGCUAAGGAACACAGUUAAGCUCUGAAUGGUGCACUUUGCUGCUUUAAUUCCAUGAGUUGAGCAGCCUUGUCUCAUUAUAGAGACAGAGUUGUAGGUGAACCCCUCAAACAUUUCUUUUUGUUGUAAAUAUGGUAUUUUUAAAAGUGACUAAAAAAACAGAAGUAAUUUUGAAUGGUAGGAUUUUCAAUUGUGUCAUUAUGCAAGGACUAAGACGAAAACCCACUAAAGUCACCAUUGUAUCAUUUUAAGUCAUAACAGGAUUCUAAAGGUGUUAUUGUAAAAUGUCCAAUAAACUGUUUGUCCAUUGA